AUGAGUGGAAGUUCUUCAAUGCAUGAGAAUAUGGCUGCUCCUAUAUGCAAUUGUGAAGAAAAGUGUGUCAUAUUCACAUCAAAGACACCUAAGAAUCCUAACCGACGUUUCUUUGGUUGUCCAUAUUUUAAUUUUGAGAAAAAAAUGUUAUAUUGUGACUAUUUCAUGUGGGAGGAUGAAUUCAUUGCAUCCCAAACUACAAUGGUUGAGUUGAAGGAAACCAAGAAGGAGGAAGAUGUGAUGAAUAGUGAUGUGGAAGUUAAAGUUAAUCAAUUUGAAAGUGAUAUGGAACAUAAAAUUAAUGUAUUAGAGAGGGAUAUUAAAGUCAUGAAAUUUCAGAGUGAAUCACAAAUGAAGAGAAGGAAUUGGAAAAAGUAUGUUGGAGUUGUAGUGCUUUUGAUUGUUGCUUUGGUUAUAGUUGUUUGUGUUUUGAAGCAUACAAAUUUUUUUAAGUAG